AUGGCUUUACCUUCACCUUUCUCUGUAAUCAGUAACAUUCUCUUCGUCCUCGUAGUAGCUCUCACCUUACAAAUUUCAACUGCACAGCACUAUUGUAACUCAUCAAUCUUCAGCUUUGGCGAUUCGCUAGCAGAUACCGGAAACCUGUUUAACAUCGCUCGACCUGGUGGUCUUCCCUCUUUUGGAUUACCUCCCUACGGAGAAACCUUCUUUCAUCAUCCAACUGGCCGACCCUCUGAUGGUCGCCUGGUCAUAGAUUUCAUUGCUGAAUAUCUGGGGCUGCCUCUGGUUCCGCCAUUUUUUGGAGGUGAAAAUGGAACGGAUCAGAGUUUUAAGGACGGUGUUAAUUUUGCGGUGUUCGGGGCUACGGCGCUUGAUUAUUCGUUUUUGUUAGACAAAGGGAUCAAGAAUCCUGUUACAAACUUUUCACUGGGAGUUGAAUUGAAUUUGUUCAAGCGGCUGUUGCCAUCUCUGUGUUCCUCUUCUUCAGAUUGCAGUAAACUCCUUCAGAAUUCUCUCAUUCUUAUGGGGGAAAUCGGAGGAAACGAUUACAAUUAUCCAUUAUUUGCAAAGACAAAUAUUGAAUUAGUGAGAAAGCUUGUUCCCCUGGUUGUCGGCAAAAUUGGUUCGGUAAUUCAGGAACUGAUUGAGUUAGGAGGAGUAACAUUUAUGGUGCCAGGAAACCUUCCGAUAGGUUGCAUACCGAUAUAUUUAACAAUUUAUCAGACUUCCAAUACGGAAGAAUAUGAUCCUGAAAUUGGUUGUCUAAACUGGCUUAACAAGUUUUCCGAGUACCACAAUCAGUUGCUUCAAGAAGAAUUAACUCGAAUUCGUCAACUUCACCCUCAUGUCAACCUUAUUUAUGCUGACUACUACAAUGCUACGCUUCAAUGUUACCGCAACCCAAACGAAUUUGGAUUUGAGAAGAAAUCUCUCAAGGCAUGUUGCGGAGGCGGAGGGCCUUACAAUUUCAAUAUAACAGCCAGUUGUGGUAGACCAGGAUCAACUGCUUGUAAUGAUCCUUCCUCAUAUAUAAGCUGGGAUGGUAUACACUUGACAGAAGCUGCUUAUAGAACGAUUGCCAAGGCUUUAAUACAAGGUCCAUACACCAUUCCUCAAAUCAACACCUCCUGCAUAGUCUCCAGUAAUAGUCAAAGCGUGCAACAACUGUAAAUUGUGAAUCACCUAAUUUUCAAUAUGGCAAUAAGCUUUCUAUUUUG